UAUUGCCAUCUUAUUCCCUCACUGUUUCUGAGGACUUCUCAGUCUUUGGAUGGACCCCUUGGAGCCCCAGUCUACCAUGACCACUCCUGACCACAUGCUGAUCCUGCUUUUGUUUCCAGUGGCUGCUGCUCAGAUGUCCCCAGGUGAGAGACAACUGGGAGGCCAGUGGCCUGGCACUUCAGGCUCCUGUUCCGGAUGUGGGCCCCUGUCCCUGCCGCUUCUGGCAGGCCUAGUGGUGGCAGAUGCGGUCAUGUCACUGGUAAUCGUGGGGGUGGUGUUUGCAUGUGCUCGCUCAUCCUGUCGGCCAGCCCAAGAUGAUGGUACAGUCUACAUCAAUAUGCCUGGAUGGAACUGACCUCAAACUUCAACUUUCAACUUCUAACCCACGCAUCCUGGAUUGUGUGUGGUGGUCACACACACCCCUUUGAGAUUAGAAUAAAGCAAUUCAAACACCUCUAAUUUUAUUCUUCUUCAAAGAAACUCCAUAUU